GUUUGACAUUAUACAUUCCAAAUUGUUUUGGUAAAAUAAAAAACCCUUCGCCGACAAAAUAUAAAGAAUGGAUUUUUUCAAAUCUAUACCAACUCAUAUUGAUUAUGUUGGCCAAGCAAAGGCUGAAAAACUCUACCGCGCUAUAAUUACAUUAUUUAGCAUCGUAGGUUUCAUUUGGGGUUACAUUGUUCAACAAUUCUCACAGUCGGUGUACAUUCUCGGUGCUGGAUUUAUUUUAGCUGCAAUUCUCACUGUGCCACCGUGGCCGAUGUACCGAAGAAACCCUUUGAACUGGCAGAAUCCAAGGAGUACCGAAGAAAAACCAACAGGGAAAAAAGGAAAGAAGUAAUACGUGUCGUUUGUGGUCGUGGCUAAGUGUUAAAUUAUAAUGUAAAAUAAUAAAGAAUUAAGCUUA